CUCAAACUAUCAUGGUUUUAUGGUUGCUUACCAGUCUGCUGCUGGAGGUUGUUGCCGUUGCAGGUGUAGCCCUGGACCCCUGCUCUGCCUACAUCAGCCUGAAUGAACCGUGGAGGAACACAGACUACCACGUCAACCAGUCCUCCAGCGGGCCCCUGUGUGACAGCCACGUGUCUGGAGAAUGGUACCGCUUCACAGGCAUGGCCGGGGACGCCAUGCCCACCUUCUGCGUCUCUGAGAAUCACUGCGGCACACACGCUCCCAUCUGGCUCAACGGCAGCCACCCACAACCCCAGGAGGGCAUCGUCACCCUGCCUGUGUGUGCCAGCUUCAACGACAACUGCUGCCAGUGGAAUGCCAGUGUGGACGUGAAGGCCUGCAGCGGAGGGUACUUUGUAUAUCGCCUGCCCAGACCCUCUGUCUGCUUCCACGUUUACUGUGGCCAUUUCUAUGACAUCUGUGAUGAGGUGGACUGUGUAGGUCCCACAUGUCCCAAGUCUGACUGUCUCUGUACACCUGGAUUUGUCCUGGGACCGGACAGACAGACAUGCCUGGAUGUAAAUGAGUGUGAGAAGGGCAACAGUGGCUGUGCAGAGGUGUGUGUGAACACCAAAGGCUCCAGACGCUGUGAGUGUGUGCCGGGCCGUGUGCUGGACAAGGACGGACACAGCUGCAGAGAGAUAGCCGGCUGUCAUGUUAACAAUGGAGGCUGCAGCCAUGGCUGCUCCUCACUGAUGGACUCCUAUCAGUGCCAUUGUCCCAGAGGGCUGGAGCUGGGGGAGGAUAAACGCACAUGUCAGGUGCCAGUCCAGUGUGAUUCCGGCUCUAUAGUUGUGUCAGUUCCUAAGGACCUGGUCGAAGGCCUGGAGCUCACCCUGUCCAACUCGUCUUGUCGAGGUGUCUCCAAUGGCACCCACAUAAACCUCAGCUUCAGCCUCAAGACCUGCGGCACGGUGGUGGAGGUGACAGAUGACAAGAUUGUGGGGACCAACCUGGUGACGGGCCUCCCGAGGAACAGCCCAGGCAGCAGCAGGGACUUGAUCGUCCGCACCAGCAAGUUACUGCUCCCGGUCACCUGCGAGUUCCCCAGGGAAUACCAAGUGUCGGACGGAUACCAGGCCAGUCAGCGCAGCUCGGCCCUGGAGCUGGCAGGCCACAGCAAGGGAGUCUUCCCCUUCUCCCUGGAGCUCUUCAAGAGUGCAGAGUUCUCGGAGCCCUACCAAACCCCGCCCCAGCUUCGCCUGCACGACUCCCUGUUCUUCGGGGUGGAGCCGAGGGAGAGAGUGGAGGGCCUCUCUGCACUGGUGGAGAGCUGCUUCGCCACACCAGGGCCAAACGCUGACCAGGCCCUCAAGUAUUACCUCAUCAAAGACGGGUGUAUCUCUGAUGAAACUGUGACACAGUACUCAUCAAAGGACCAGCUCUCUAAGCACUACCAGGUCCCCGUCUUCAAGUUUGUUGGCAAGGACAACAAACAAGUGUUCCUCCACUGCCAGGUGUUGGUAUGCGGGGCGGGGGACUCCCACUGCUCUCAGCGUUGCCGGGGGCGCGUCCGCCGCCAGGCUCGUACCAAACCUCAGGAGAAACACACACUGAGUGGAGGCCCCAUCUUCAUCCUGCCUGAUCCGUGAUGCUAACAUGUCACCAUCAACACGCACAG